AUGGCUCUUGCGGCUACUAGUUUCAUACAAAUGCCACUGCUUCGAACAACCAAUUUUAAUUCUUUUUCUACAAAACCUAUGACUAUUACCAUAACACGUGCUAUUCAUCAAUAUAAAGCAAAACAAGUUGAUAGAAGCAGAAAUGGAGGGUAUGGCCCUGGCCCACAGACAACCAGUAUUAAACUCCAAAGCACAACAACUACAAGAAACGUUCAACUCGACAACGUUUAUGCAACAACAGUCUUGAGUAGUGUCAAAGAUGAAGAUGAUCACAACGCAAGUAGUCCUAAAAGGAUUUCCAACAUUGAUUAUCAUUAUGAAAUAUGA